AUGACGAUUAAUUACGUGCGAGUGCUUCUGCUCGUCUCAUUGGUGAGCUGCGGCGCGCACGCUCGCAUCUCCGAAAAGCGAGGUCCUCACGAAAGAGCCGGCGAUAACAAGUACGCCGGUUCGAUGUUGGCCGAGAUCGCGAAGGAACUCGUGCAAAGAUCGGCGACCAGCAGCCAGGUGCUCAAUUUAAAUCUCUCAAAUCUGUUGCUGCUUUUGGUGCUCAAAGCGGUGGUAUUUGGCGCCGGCUACAUAGGAAAUCACGGUUACAAAGGACGCGAUUUAGAAGACGAAAAUAUCGUAUCGGAGGGCGAGCUUACGUUAGCUCUUGGAUAUCUGAUCGGCGACACCUGUUUGUACAGAGCCGCUUGCGAGGAGCCGCACAUAGCGAAGGAAUAUCUCGGCGCGGCGGAAAUGUUAUUGCAAACAAUGAAACUAAUGCCGCAAAGCUUGCCCGUAAAAUACAAUUACGACAAGACGAUCGCUGAAUUUCGAAAGGCGAUUGAGUACGGCAGCACCGAGCAAUGUCCACCGGAGUACAGCUGCAAAAAGGAGAAUAUAAAUAAUUUCUUGCGAAGCGAAACAAGAUAAGUAGACGAUUUUCCACGACGACG